GUCAGUUCAGUAUAACUUCCGAACGCAAGCGCGCGGUCGCCAUGCGAGCCAAAUCGAACAAAAACAACGAAUACGAAAUUCUAAAUUCAAAUUAAAAUCUAUAAACAACAUAAAAAUAAAAAAUUAAAUGUCACAUCAUCCUAGUGUCAGAAAUAAUCUAUCAAUUUAAAAAACAAAAUCAAAUUCGAUUUUUAAAGCAUAUGGCCAGUCCAAGGAUGUGAACAGUUUUUAUUUGUUCACAGCAAAGGAAUGUGGUUUUAAUGUGAAUGUACAAAAGGACGAGUGUUGUGUGUGGGCACGUGAUCUUGAUGGUCUGUGACAACCUUUGUGUAGUGGUCAGUUUUGGAUUUUAAAAUAGGAAUUUUAUAAGACUGAAUGAUGUGGCGAUGGGGUCUCGUACUGGCGGCCCUAGCGGCGACCGCGCUCAGCAAGCAUAUACCUAGCAGUGAUGAACUGUCAGUGACUACAGUAGCGACAGCAGAGACUGAGACGACGACAUGGCCGGGCGCGCUCGCGCCGCUGGACACGCUGACGGUAGCGUGCGAGCGAGACAGCAUGCAUGUCACUGUUACGCUCGCACAUAUGCCGCACGCCUCGCACUUAGACAGUGAGCUGGAAACCUUCAACGGCAUCGUGUACCCUGCAGGGCUGGGCAGCAACUCUUCGUGUCUCCGGGAGUACGUCAGUGCUCGAGGGGAUCUGCAGUACACUGUACCUCUCAAGGGCUGCAACACUAUGUCCACUGAUAACGACGACGGCACAGUCGAGUACUACAACAACAUCAUCGUCCAGCCCCACCUGAAGUUAGUCACGGGCCAAGGUCGCGGCUACCACGUCAGAUGUCGCUACAGGAGACGGGACAUCACGCAGUUCCACCUGUACCGGCCUAGAGCUGACAGGCUGAGUUCGGACGAUCUUCACAACAACAUCGACCAGUUCGACGAGGAGUCUGGCUUGUUGCCGUCUGUGACCAUGAAGAUUUAUAAAGGGGAUCCUAAGGAUAAUCAGAUAGCGUCCAGCGUGAAGAUUGGCGACACCCUGACUCUGGUGGUGACGCUGGAGAAGCAGCGGCAGUUUGGGCUGCUGGUGUCUGAGUGCGAAGUCAAAGAUGGACUGGGCUGGGCAGAGCAGAGCCUCAUCGCCGAUGAUGGCUGUCCGCUAGACGGUGAAAUAAUGGGGAUGUUCCAGUACUCGACAGACAAGCAAGAGGCGGGCGUGUCGUUCCCCGCGCACAAGUUCCCAUACACGGCCAGCGUGUAUUACACCUGUGAGGUCAAGUUGUGCGACCUCAACCAUCCUACUGACUGUGAGCCGUGUGCGCAUAAACAGCGCCAGCGCACGCGCAGGCAGUCUGAAGAGGGGUCGCCGGCUACUGUUGAAGUAUUCUCAGGAUUAUACGUCAACGAGGCUGAUUCCGCUGAUAAUGAUGAGGUCACCAGUGAAAAGAAAGAAGACGAGAUCUGCAUUUCGCAACGGAACUUUGCUAUUGGUAUUUGCGUUGCUGGCGUCAUCCUAAUGAUCUGCGUGAUAGCAGCCAUCGCUUUCAUCUUGGCCAGGCGUAGGGACCCUAAGACUUACUCCAGGACCGGCAGCUCGUUAUACAGCGGCCCUUACACUAAUACAGGAUAUUCGCAUACUAGUUAAAAUAAUAAAAAAGAAACAACGAAUUUUGAAAAUUGUGAAAACGUAUACACUAGCCGCUAGACUAUUAGAAAUGUUAUUUUUUUUCCAUCACAGUUCUGUAUAACUGUGUAGGUACCUACGUAAAUAGUCUACAUUUUGACUUUUUAAAACUGUGCGUGAGAAGUAUUGAGAAAAGAAUAUCAUAAACAAAAUACAGAAUUUUGUACUUAUGUAAGUACCUACUGCCAUAAAUAGUCCAGUAAUGUAGUUCUUUUUUUAAUUCGAAAAAGAAUUAUUUUGUUUGGAAGAGUGUUUAAAAAAUGUACAUAAAUUGACAAAAAUGAUUUGAUCGAAACUAUCGUAAUAUAACUAUAUGUAUAACUACCUAUUUUAAAAAAAAAUGUUGUGUUCAGCAUCACAACGAAGUCAAGUUAAGUAAGUAUAGUUUACCAAUAAAAUUAAGGCAAUUUAAAAUGUAUUUAUGUGUAAUUUUUGUGAUAAUUCGUUAAACAAUAAUGGUUGCCUUGCAUUACGUACUUAAUAUUAAUACAUAUCGACUAUGAAACGUCGAAUAACUUUUAGGGGUUGCAAAAAGAGGCCUGUAAAAUCUACCUCGGGCAUUUUAAAAGUAGGUAAGUACUUAUUAAGUACUAUUUUAUGUGUUUAUGUAGAUCGUGCAGAUUGCUGCUUUGUUUGUUUUUUUUUGUUUCGAUUUGUUGCCAAUAUCGAAAAACAAUCAAACAUUUUGAAUCAUUUUAAUAAUAACUAUUACAUAAAAAAAUACGAAAGAAACGGAUACAAAAGUGAUUUUACAGGUUUUUUUUUCUGAAUAGGUGGCGGGCUAUUAUUUCUAAACAUCAAUCUUUUUCUUUGUUAAUUCACAAUCGAUCGAUCCGUAUCGACAUUUUUUUUUUGUUUAUUGCCUCGUUUUAUUGAGGAGGCAAAGGGUACUAGCCCAUACAGCCAAGUCUUUUGUAUUGAAUAUCUAUAACGACAUUUUAUUAGUGACGUGUUAUAUUUUUUAAUUUACUCUACGUGGGCAAAUUAAAUUAUAUACACACAACGUAUUCGAGUUUUAUAACAGAGCUAAAUCUUUUUUUACUUACUUAUUUUUUAGAAUUGGAUUCGUUGCCAUAUUUUUUAAGUUAGAUAGAUUAGACAUUCCAGUGCUUUUGCCAUUCCGUCCGUUUUCGGUGCUAUUUUUAUUUUAUUUUCGCUUUAAGUGCGACCGUAUAUUAUUAUUUGUUUAAAUAUUAAUAAAUCUAAAUGUACGGCCAGCCUUACGCUUACAGCAUCCUAUAUAUUAUCUAUAUCGAUAUAUGUUUCAUAUCUACCCCAUUGUUGUAGCUGCCUAACUUUUUAUUAUUACUAUAUUUUGAUACAAUGGGGUUCUGGAACUAUAUCGGUCGUAUGACAAUGUACGAUUUUUUUUAACAAAUAUACUGACUUGAAUAAA